AUGAGUCCCAGCAAUAUUAGCUAUCUCAUCAAGGAGGAUGGUGAUUGGACAACUAGCAGCGAAGAAACUCUAGAGCUUCUUGUACAGACGCACUUUCCGGGUUGCCUCCACAGUAGAGUCACAAAUACCCGAAUCAUAGGCAACCAUGAUGACAUUCCAGCGAAUAUCAUAACCGAGGAGAACAUAAAGCAUGCUAUUAGCAGCUUCCAACCGUUUAAAUCUCCGGGACCAGACGGCAUUAUUCCCGCUGACCUACAGCAUACAGCAGGAAUGAUUGCACCCAUACUCGUACCAGUCUUUGAAGCAGUGUUACGAAUGAAUUAUAUACCCCACAAAUGGGAGGAGCUCAGGGAACUUGUGAGAAUCUGCCAGGAAGCAGAUAACAAACGGGAGGACAUGAAAUGGCUGGUGAAAACGCUAGACUCCUUACUUAGCUACGCCAGUGAAGAUGAGGCAAAUCUCGAACAGAAGAAACUCGAAGACCUAAUUGCUCGCUACAAGAACCUCAUACCAACCAUCGAGAUAACAAUGGUGAAGACGGAGGUGUUCUCCAAGUGCUACACGUAUCGCCGCGAGGUGCACGAGGUUGUCUGUCUGCUUAGCAAAGUUAAGGAGCAAGCCACCAAUAUACCACCACCAGAGAGCCUUGAACGCGUCAACAAAUUGAUUGAAGAGCAACAAUACGCCAUUAGUCAGCUUGACCAUCAACGUCCACACAUAAUGUCGAUGUUGCAGCGUGGACGUGACUUGAGCAAGGAUGUGCACGCGCCUUCGUUCGUCAAUAUAGAGGUGAAGAAUUUGGAGAGCGGCUGGAAUGAGGCAUAUACCGAAACCGCCGACAAGCUGCAGUCGCUCAAGGGCACCCAGGCUGUGUGGAAUGACUUUGUCGAUCAGAAGAGUGACAUCUUCUCCAUGUUGCAGACAGCAGAGACCGAAUUGCGUGCGCUGACACCACUUCAAACCGAUCCGAAAAAUGUGAGUCAAGAUUUGCAAGCGAAACGUGAGCUGAAUGUGCAACUGCAGCAAGCCUCACAUCAAUUGCUACCCAAAUUGCAUCAUCUGAAGGCUGAGCUGGCGCCAUUGGCCGCUGCCGAUAAGCGCCCCAUAUUGGAGAAGGAGGUAACUGAGGUCGAGAAGAUGUUCUUCAAUACCAUGGAACAUGUGAAGGAUCGUGUCGGUUAUUUGGAGGACUACAGCGCCAAGUGGAACAACUACAAAUCGCGGCUAUCUGAAUUGCACGAAUGGGCUAACCGUGUGGCGCCUAAGAGUAUUGAGGCUUUGCAGUCUGAAGAUCUGACACCAGAAGAGCGUGUAGUGAAGGUGAACGCAUUUAAGGGUGUGCUUGGUGAACGCAUGAAACAGCUAGACAUAUUGGCGUCGGAUGCAGCCGAGCUGGCAACCAAGGAGGGCAACAUAGCCGAGGCUAAACGGCUGAAGGGCGAAAUCACCAAGCUGCAAGAAGUGCUGAGCGCAAUCAAUCGCAAUGUCGAUCAUCAAGCAAAGGCUGUGAAGGAGGAUCUGGUGAACUGGCAACAGUACCAAACUGGUUUGCAGCAAACCAAACCGAUAGUUGAGGAGUGUGAAAUCAAGGUAAAUACCAUAGUUCCUAAGCCCCUUACACUUGAAGAAGCCGUUGCAUUGCAACAAAACGCCAAACAAUUCGAAACACAAUGCCUCGAGCAGUUAGACAGGCUCCAAGGCAUUUCAAACAUUAGUCAUAAAAUGCUGUGCAAAACCAAUGCCCCUGACGAAUUAGAUGCCAUGCAUUCCCGCUGGACAUCGGUUCAUGAAAAUGCCAAGCAAGCCAGUGGUAAGCUGGAAAAAUUGGUAGCCAAUUGGAAAUCGUUCGAUGCCGACGCAUCGAAACUCGAAGAUUGGGUCAACAAAGGCGAGCAGGCGCUGGGAAAACGCUCGGCUGUGCUGAACACCCCGCAUGUCGAUAAGCUCGAAAAGGAGCUUGUCAAACUCAAGUCAUUCAACAACGAAAUUUCGGAGCAGCAAGCAAAGCUCGUCGCACUCGGUCAGUCGGCCGAUCAGAUAAGCUUGCAUUUGGCGCCAGAGGUCGCUGUUGCGCUUAAGGAACGCGUGAAUGGCAUGAAAGCCAAGCUGCAGAAGUUGUCCGAGGCGACACGCGCCAACAUCAACGAAGUGUCCGAUGCAAUUAUAGCGCGCCAAGAUUUCAAUGCCAAAAUGGUGAACUUCUCCAACUGGAUGGAUCAGCUGCGCAACCAAGUGGCGCAAGUCGAAGAGAUUAACCCAGAACGUGUGGAGACAAGCUUGCACGUCAUACAUGCUUUGAUGCAAGAACAUGCUGAUAAGAAGCCCAGCUUCAAUGCAAUUUACGAUGAAGUUAAACAACUCUCGCUUUCCGCACCAGCCGAGGAGGCAAAGACGCUAUAUGACGCCUACACCUCGCUGGUUAUUAACUAUCAGAAUCUUGAAACCAAUUUGCAACAAAAGAAGAAUGCGCUCGAGAAGUGGACAGAGAUAUUGGGCUGGAAAAAUGAGACCGAAAGUCAUUUGAAUUACUUGAAACAUCAGCUGGAGAAGCCCGAAGGCCCGAAGCCCGUGGAGCUUAACAAGAUCAUCAACGAGAUCGACACGAUAGGCAGUUCGGUCAGCUACUGGAAAGCGCAAGCCAAGGAAAUCGAUGAAAACCCAGCCAUACAACUGCGUGACGCUUUGUCGCGCAAGCCGCUGAUUGCUACACAGAUUGUCAAUGAUGUUGAAAACAAGUUGGACAAUUUGAGGUUACGUUCGCAGGCACAAAAACAACAGGCCGAACAGAUGAAUGUACGCAAAGAGAAAUUCCAAACGCUUGGCCAAAACUUCGGUCAGGCGCUGAUCGAUAAUCGCGCCAAAUUGCAUAGCAUACUGCAACAGAAGCCCGGUUUGCAUAAUAUUGAUCAAAUUAUAGCCGACUUGGUGGCACUCAACGAAGUUAUCAAGGGACAGGCCGAACUGAAGAAUCGUUUGCAUGAUGAGGGUUCCUUACUGAUGCGUGAAGAUAUCGGCAGUAUGCCGGCCAUCCAAGAAAGUCUCUUGUUCUUCGACAAAGACUAUGACACGCUGCAAAACGAGAUUGCUGAGCGCAUACAGAAGUAUAAUUUGAUCAGCCAGGCGCUGCGCGAGUACGCCGACACCAAGGAUAAAUUUGAGAAGGAACUCAAGAAGGCUGAGGAUCUUUUCAAUGCCAUACCACAGCAACCACGCGAUGAAGUCAAGUUGCAACAAGCCGCCGAAAAGACACGCAAGACAAUGGAGCAAGUACGCAAGUCCAAGGCGAAUCUGGACGACCUCGAACGUCGCGGCAAUAAUGUGGCGAAGUUAUUUGAUGCCAUCGGUGAAGUUGUGCCACAAGAAAUUGCUAACGGUGUGAAGGCAGCCAAGCAGCAAUGGCAAGAUUUGCACGACAAUACGGCAAAUAAUGCGCAUAUGUAUGAAACAGAGGCUGUCAUCCGGUCACAAAUCGAAGACGCUAAGAAGGAGCUACUACCCUGGCUGACUGAGACCAAUCAAGGUCUCUGUGAUGCUGCCGAUAAUUCAAUCGAAAUUGAGUUCGGUCCUAUGCGUUUGACAAAGUUCCGCACCGAACUGCCCUCUUAUCAGGUAUUGAAAAAUACCAUCGCGGAGAAGAGUCGCGAGCUUGUAAACGUCAAUAGUGGUGUUGAAAUUCCAGCGCUUACUGAGCUGAACAAGCUGCUGACGGCGCAAUUCCAGGAGGUCGAUUUGAAUGCUGCGCGUCUAGAAGCAGUCACUUCCACCUUCAAUGGACAGGAGCAAGACUUGCGCAAGAAGAUCAAGAACGCUGGUGAGCAAGUGAAUAAGCUGCGCGAGCAGCUCAUCAAAUGCGAUGACAUGUCCGGCGAGCCGAGCAAAAUCAUGGAGCGCCUGUUGACGUGCCGCGAGCUGCGCGCCGAACUGGACAACAGCGCAAACGAGAUUGACAAUAUCAAGCAACGCGUCGACGAGAUGCGUGCGCUGUAUCCAACAUUCAGCGAGUCAAUCAUACCCAAGGAAUUGAACAAUGUGCAGAAGCGCUUUGAGGCUGUCGAUGCACAUGCAAAGAAGAUCGAGUCCUCACUGCUGCAAUUCCUCAAGAAAUUCCAUGCCGACAAGGUGGGCAUGCUGAAGCGCAUAAUCGCCACGCAGCGCGAGAAGGUGGCUUGGUGCCAGCCUGAGUCGACAAGUGACAAAUACAAUCUGGACGUUAAGCGUUCUUCACUGCUAGAGGUCAGCAAGGCAAUUGACAAUUGCCACAAGCGUAAUGCGGAAAUUGGCAAAUCCUUAGCGUUGCUGCAAGCCGUCGAAUCACCACAAAAUCUCAAGGAUUUGCAAAACGAUGCAGAGCUGUUGAAUGGUGAAAUGAAGGCGCUUCAGGACAAUUUCGACAAAAUCAAGAAUGUGCUAGAUGAAAAUGUCGAUUUAUGGUCACAAUAUGAGCAAGCGAAUGAAGAGCUCUCCUUGUGGCUGCGCGACAUUGAAGGGCGCAUCAAAGCCGAAACGAGUAAUCAAGUUAGUGUACCAGAGAUCGUGAACAAAUUGCAGGAGCUUGCGCUCUUGCAACAAGACAUAAAAGCGCAUGAGCCGAUAAUGCAGAACUUAGAGAAAACAUCACAGUCGCUGAUGGCAAAGAACCCUGAAGCACGCAUUGGACAGUUUGUGACACAUCUGCUGCAGCGCUACCAAACUGUGGCGAAGAGUUUAGCCAGCUAUAUCGAUAAGGUGCAUAAUGCACAACGCGCCAAUAGCGACUUCGUGACAGCUGCAAAAGAUUUCAACGAAUGGCUCACCGAUGCCAAGAUUGAGUUCCAAGAGUUGGCGCGCAUGGGUUCGCCCGGUUCGUCUUCGGCCACCGCGCACCAAUUGCAAACGGUUAAGAACUACCUGAAGACGUUCGACAAUGGCCAGGUACUGCUUAAUAAUGCCGUUGAUAUUGGUGAAGCGCUAUACCCCGUUGUGACGCCUGAGUAUCGUGAGAAUAUACGCGCCGAGCUACGUGGCAUACGCGAAAACUACGACUACUUGCGUGACGAAGCCAACGCGCUCUUACAACAGAUUGAGGCAGUCUUGAUACAGAAGACAUCCAUCGAGGAGAGUUACACGCAAGUGUUGCACUACCUCAACGAUUCUAAGGCGAAAGUGGCCGCAGCCGAUGAACUCUACCCCACGCUGGCUGCCAAGAAGAGCGCCUUGCAGAACUACAAGACACAGCUGCAAGAGAUUACAUUGCAUAAAAAUGCGCUGAAGCAGCUACACGACAAAGCCGUGACGCUUUGCGACGACGAAUCUGAGCGUAAGACCGAAGAGUCGAUUGAAGAAUACAAUGGCUUGUUCAAGAAAAUCGCCGAACGCAUCAAUGUUGUAGGUGACCAAGUGGUCAAGCAUGAGGCAUACGAUCAGGUGCUGGAGAAGGCACAAGAUUGGCUGAACACCAUUAAGUCAGAGGCCAUAGACAUUUUGAAUGAGACGACAUUUGAGAAGGAAGGCGCUGAAGAAAAGUUGACUGUGGUUGAGAAUCUACUGCAGCACAAACCCGAAGGCGACUCGAUAUUCGACACAUGUCAGCAGCUGCUACAAACCAUGCUGACGCAAACACAUCCAAGCGGACAUCCAGCUUUGUUGCGUAGCUUUGAAGAACCAAAGAAGUCUUGGGAUGAAUUUAUGACGCUGUGUCAAGAUACGCUCGUAAAACUGAAACAGCUUUGCUCGAAAUGGGAUGAGUUUGAAUCUAUUAUCGACGAGAUUGACAACUGGAUGAAAUAUGUUGAGAACGUUGUAAAGAAUCAGAGUCUAAAGAGCACGGCUGGCACAAAGAAAGCGCAUUUGGUACAGCUGCAAAGCAUUGCCAAGGAUAUCGAUCAACGCGCUUUGUCCAUCAACGAUCUACUCGCCCAGGGUCGUGAGAUCGAGGGUGAAACCGAUUUGAACCUGAAAUUAUCGCGCAUCAAUACGCGCUAUCAGACCUUGAAGAACCUCUGCAAGGAGUCCAUUGCGAAGUAUGCCAACUACGCCAAAGACCAUGAAACCUUCGAUGCCGACUAUGAAGUGUUCAAGAAGGACCUACAAGAAUGUAUUGAAAAUCUGGCGCAAAACGUGGAAAUUGUUGGCGACCAAAACAUCUUGCAAGAACAUCAAAGCAAACUGCGCGAAAUGGCUGAUAAACGUAUUAACGACUCAACAGCCUUUGAGGGUUUGAUCGACCGCGGUGAGAAGCUCUACGGACACACCAGUCCCGAUGGACGUGAGAUCAUACGCCACCAGUUGCGUACGCUGCGCACCAUGUGGGACAACUACUCCGAUGAUCUGAAUGCGGCUACGCAAAAGAUCGAUCACUGUCUGCAACAGUUCAACGAUUUCAAUAUCGCCAAGGAUCAGUUGACCAAGUGGCUGAAAGAUGUUGACAAGGCGAUGCAGAGUCACACGGAACCGAAGACUACGCUGCAAGAGAAGCGCGCAAAAUUGCAGAAUCACAAGUUGCUCCAUCAGGAAAUCACGACAUACAACGUUUUGGUGGACAACGUCUGUGACAAGGCGCAGGUACUGAUCGAUCAGAUCAAGGACAAUACGCUGAAUGUCUAUCUGCAGUCCAUCAAGCAGCUGUUCAACAGCAUUGUGCAGAAAUCUGAAGAGAUACUAAACAAUUUAGACAAGUGUGUGGUGGACCAUACAGACCUAAACAACCAAAUUGCAGCCGCAAAGACUUGGAUCUCUGGCGAAAAGGAAAAAUUGUUGGAAUGCGACGACGCGUAUGGCGAAAAGGCUGACAUCAAACGCAAGAUAGGGACGCUCGUGCAGCUGGCUCAGAGUAAACCAAACGCGCAAAAGUUAAUCGCGGAAAUACGCGAACAGUACGAGAAGGUGAAAGCGACAACUUCGGAAAGAGGUAAUGAAAUACUUGAAAAAGAGAUCGAUGAGCUGGAAACUACAGUCAAAAGUCACUUCGAUGAUAUCGAAGGAAUCGAAGGUAAGCAAAAGGAUGUACUACAGCAAUGGAACGACUUCGAGCGAAAACUUGAAGAGCUCACUAAGUGGUGUCGCCAGGCGGAAGGCGUCUUCCGCGAACAGCAACUGAAGUCAACAUUGCACGAGAAGGUGGAACAGUUAGAAAAAUUCAAAAUCCAACGCGAUCUCAUCUUGCAGAAGGAGAAAGAGAUUGACGCAUUCGCUGAUGCUGCGCAUGCGCUCUUGAACAACUGUGGCGCGGAACGUCUCAAGACGCUCACCACACAGAUCACCAACCGCUACCAGCUACUGCAAGUACUGAGCAAAGAGGUCGUCAAUCGCUGGUCGAACUUGGUGGACGAUCAUCAAAUCUAUCAAGACAAGUACAACGAAGUUGAUUUGUGGUUGCAGCUGAUUGAGCAGCAAUUGGACAACGCUUUGAAGAAUGAACCCUCCCAAGCUGCUAACAUCUUGCAAGUUCUACUCUCUGAGCGCGAACAGGCUGAAGCGCUCUUUAGCGCGCUGAAUGCAGCCUGCGAAAAGGCUUUGCCUGAAACCUCCACUGAGGGACGCGAGAAGAUACGCAAAGACUUGCGUGACAUACACGAACGCUGGGAUAAAUUAGACGAAGGCAUACGCAAUCUGCAGAAGCGACAAGAAGCACAAAGUGUGCAGCUAUCGAGUUAUCAGGACAUACUCGGACAGACACUCAACUGGUUGGACCAGGUAGAAAAAGUGUUACAAAAUGAAAAUCCCAGCACUUGGACCAGCGCGCAGGAAAUACGCUCGAAAUUGUACAAGUACAAAGCCACUACGCACGACAUCAAUUCGCACAAACGCAUCAUUGAGGCUGUGAGUGAAAAGGCUGCUGCACUCUUGGAGGGCAGUGCGCCUACAAAUGUCGAUGGAAUCAAGGGCGCCAUUGCUGAUGUAAACAAACGGUAUGAAAAAGUUGCUGCCGAUUGCGCCACACUGCUUGGCCAACUCGAAGAGGCAUUCGAAGUGUAUCAGCAGUUCAGCGAAUUGCAAAAAGCGCAACAAGAUUAUCAAAAGAAUCUGUGGGACCGGCUGACCGGCUACUCAGAUUACUCCGGCAACAAGCCAGCCUUACAAGCGCGCCUAAAUAAGAUAUCCGAAAUACAAGAUGCCUUACCCGAGGGCGUUUCUAAGCUGCGAAACCUCUCCGCGCACAUUGACGAGAAAGCCAAGUUGCUGCCAGCGCGCUCGAAGGAGGCAAUGUCGCGUGACUUAGCCAACUUGCACGCCGACUUCGAUAAGUUUAGCGCUGCGCUAAGCGAUGUGAAGAGUGGCUUAGAAAAUCGCCUGCAACAAUGGAGCGACUACGAAGUCAACUUGGAUCGGCUGAUCAACUGGCUGAGCGAAGCUGAGAAUGCGCUCAAGAACUACAAUCCCAAGUCGACGAUGGAGGAGAAGGAAGAGCAAUUGAAUCGUUUCCAAUCGUUGAUGCAGAAUUUGCGUCAAAACGAAAUUGAGUUUGAAAAAAUGAAAGACGACUCAUCGGAGCUGAUUCAAAGUUCUGGUGAGACCAGAAUCGCCGUUAAUGUACAACAAGUUACUUCACGCUUCCAGUCGAUACAAGCGACCACUAAGGAGAUACUCAAGAAAUGCGAACAAUCUGUGUACGAACAUCAACAAUUCAAUGAGAAGUACAAGCAAUGCGCCAAUUUCUUGGCAAAUGCGCAAGCGAAGUAUGACGACUCCAGCGAUCUCUCGCAGGUGGGCUCGCGCGAUGAUUUGCUUAAAAAGCAAACUGCAAUCCAAGAGCUAUUGGCACAGCAGCCCAAUGCUUUACUGAUGUUGAACAGCACCAUCGAAGCGGGUGAGAAGUGCUAUUCGUCCACUACCACAGAGGGACGUGAAGCCAUACGCGUGCAGCUGGCCGAAUUGCAAGAGGCCUUCGACAAGCUUUACGACAAUGUGACAAUCACCUCCAGAAAGAUACAAGACAAAAUGUCCAAAUGGUCUGGUUUCGACGAAAUUGCCGAGAAAUUGCAGACUUGGUUGGCUGAAGUCGAGAAGACGCUGCCAGCUGAGAUCGAAUUGAAAACCACUUUGGAUGAGAAGCGUGCAAAACUGCAAUCCUACCGCGAUGUGCUCAACGACCUCAAUAAUCACCAAGUCGAGGUGAAGAAUCUGCAAGAAAUUGCUAGCAACUUGCCAGAGAAGAACGAUCAUGUCGAGCAAAUAACCAAAGAGAUUGCUGAGCAAUUCGGCAAAUUGCAUAAGCGCGCGCAGAACUUCGUCGAGCGCUACGAGGCUAUUGUGAGCGAUCAUCAGCAGUACACCAAGGCCGUGAUGGAGGCACAAGAGUACAUCGAGGCCACGCACAACACCAUUGAUUACUGGGGCGAUUUGGAUUUGGAACAGGUGUCGUUGCAUACAAACUUGGACCGCUUGAAGAAUCUGAAGGACAGUUUGGCUGAUGAGUUCGCGCGUGUGGAUCAAGUGCGGGCCUUGGGUGAGAAGGUCAUACCAGGAACAGUCGAAAGUGGACAGACGAAUAUCAAGUCACAAAUCGACACUACCCAACAAGAGUGGGAAGGCCUUAUCGCCGCCAUCACGUCGACAAUUGAAGCUAUCGAGAAUAGGCUGCAACAAUGGGCCGAAUAUGAGCAGCUACGCGAUCAGUGCUUGGCUUGGAUACGCGAAUCGGACAACAAGCUGCACGCGAUUAACUUGAAGCCCACGCUAAAUGACAAGAAGGCACAAUUGGAGGCGCUGAAGAAUCUGCAAGGUGAGAUGCGCGCCAAGGAGCUGGAAAUUGACAGCGUUUCCGAGAAAGGCCAAACAUUGCUUAAAGGCGCGUCCAGCAUGCGCUCUUCGGGCCCAGAACUAACGACGAAAUAUCAGCAGAUCUUCCAUAAAGUGAAAGAACUCAACAACCGCUGGCAACAAUAUGUUACUUCGCAUCAAGAAUUCGACAACGCUGUCUCUGAGUGCGGCACCUGGAUCAAUGGCAUCAAAGACAAAUUGGACUACUGCGCCGAUAUGUCCUCCAUGAGUCAGAAGGAGUUGGAUAAGAAAUUAGCAACCAUACAGGACAUCAUACUGCUAAAGGAUGAGGGCUCUGCGAAAGUACUCAGCAUUGUUGAGUUGGCGCAGAACGUGCUGGCCAAUACAGCACCAACCGGCCACGAAGCGAUCAACAAGAAGUUGGCAGAUCUGCAAGAGCUGUGGUCGAAUAUUGCUUUGCGCAUUAUCGACGUGAAAGCCACACUCGAUGACUCGAUUACACAGUGGUCCGGUUUUCUGGAACAAGUACAAAACGUACGCAAAUUCAACGAAUGGCUGGAGAACGUGCUCAAAGAGCUUGCCGAACAUCAAACCACAAUGCCUGAGAAGCGCGCACAGCUCGAUCGCGUGAAGGCCACCGAAGAGAAGGUGCGCAUGGAGAAGAUUGAUGUGGAUGCUUUGAAAGUGCAGGCAAGAGAAAUGAUUGCUAGCGGCCAACAAAGUCAAGCCGCGUACCAGGCACAAAAGGUGCUCGACACUUUUGAUGAACUCUGUGCGCGCAUACAGAAGCUGCUCUCCGAUCGCCAUGAUCAGUACAGAGAUCAUAGGCUCUACAAGGAAGCCUAUGACGAUUUCGUAAGUUGGAUAAGUCGCGCGCGCCAGAAAUUCCCUUCGCUUAAGCAGAGCAGUCUCAGCGACAAGCUGGCUAUUGAAAAUGCUGUGCAGGCCACUGAAGCUAUGCUGAAUAAGCAGGCGCAGGGUGAAUUAUUAGUGGAACAUUUGGUGCACACUGGCGAGGUUGUGAUAACCAGCACGUCGCCGCAGGGUCAAGAGAUCAUACGCAACGAUAUACGGGCGCUGCGCGACAGCUUCGAGUCGCUCUUCCGUGAGAUCAACCAGCAGAAGGAGAGCUUGGAGGUGACUAUGACGCAGUGGCGUGCUUACAAAGACGAAUACGAGCGCCUAAUCGAAUGGCUGCAACAAAUUGAUAUAUUGGUCAAGAAUCACAAACUAAACUUGUCACCUAGCUAUCCGGAAAAGGAGAAACAGGUGGCGGAUAUGCAAGAUGUUAUGUCGAGCCUUGAGAAGGGCAAAGAUGAUAUCGAUAAAUUCAAUGCCUCCUCCGCGGGACUACUAAAAUCUCACUUGGAGUCUUAUGUGACGAACCAGCUGCGCCAUUUGAACUCAAUGUACCAGGUGCAAGUAAAUCUCGCUAAGGAUGUGCUGAAGAAGGUCGAAACUAAUCGUGACCAACAUCGUGAAUACAACGCCAAUCUGAAGGCUGCGCAAGAUUGGAUUAAUGUAGCGAAAGAAACCAUACGCGAGGCUAGUGACUCUUCCAGCGCUGGCUCGAAAGAGCUGCUGCAAAAGCGCUUGGAGAAGAUUCAACAGUUGAUCAGAAAUCGUGAAGUGGGACAGAACUUGGUACACACAGCAAUAAACAACGGCGAGAAGGUGGUAAGAAACACGCGCUCCGAUGGACGUGAUGCCAUCAACAAUGAAAUGAAGGAGCUGCAGAAUGACUGGGACAGGCUGGUGAAGAAAAUGUCCACUGCUAAGGUGCAGUUGGAGACCAACCUGCUACAAUGGGCUGACUACAGCUCAAGCUACUUCCAAUUGCAACAAUGGAUAAGCGAUCGCGAGUCCAAGUUGCAACAGGCAUGCGAGCAGAAGAUUGUAAAAUCGAAGCGCGGCCAACCUGGCUUAACGUCCGGCCUGAGCGAGCGUAAAGCUAAUUUGCGUCAGACCAACAAUAUUGUGCAAGAUAUAGUGUCCUUUGAACCGAUGAUACAAUCGGUUGCUUCGAAGGCGUCCGACCUACAACAGGGAGCGCCAGCCUCCGAGAUAUCGUACAAAUAUGAGACGCUCACAAAGCAGGCCAAGGACUUGUAUGAGAAGCAAAAGAAUACAAUCGACCAAUACCAAGCGCUCAUUGAUGCGGGCAACGAAUUCGCUGCUUGGUUGCGCAGUGCCAAAGAGCGCCUCAGCAAGUGUGCAGAGCCCACAGGCGAUAAGCAAGCGCUGGCCGAGAAGACACACCAGCUGAAGAUAUUGCAAAGUGAGGUGCCUGAGGGGCAAAAGCAGCUGGAAGCGGUGCUGACACAAGGCGAAAUCGCUUGCCACAAUGCUGAGCCCGAGGAUCGUGAGAUCAUUGAAGAGGAAGUGGCGCUGUUGCAAGAGGAGUUCGACGCCUACGUGGAGGCGUUGAAGAAGGCCAAGGACUAUUUGGAGGUUGGCAUUGUCAAGUGGUCAGAUUACCAAGAGCAAUAUAGCGAAGCGCUGGAAUGGCUCACGAAGACAGAAGCGUUGGUGCAGUCAUACAACAAAUUGCAGGAUAGUUUGGCGCGCAAAAAGGUGGUACUGGAAGAGUUCCAAGGUCACCUACAGACACUAUUCGAUUGGCAGAAAACACUGGAUCAUUUGAAUAUGAAAGCGCAAAUGCUGCUGGAGACCUGCUCCGACACGCGCGUCAGCAACGCCAUCAUGCAGUUGACAACCAAGUACAACACGCUGCUCACGCUGGCCAAGGAAGUUAUGCGUCGGCUGGAGUUGCACUACCAAGAGCACCAACAGCACCGCACCCUGUACGAGGAAUGCCAGUCGUGGAUUAAGAGGACACGCGAAAAGCUCGCCGAUUGCGCGCAGAUACCGGGCACUUUGAAUGAGGUGCAAAUCAAGCUGAGUACUGUUAAGAACUUGCGUCAAGGUUUUGAGUCUGGGCAAAAUAAGCUACGCUAUUUGCUGGAGCUCAAAGAGAAGGUGAUUAUGAAUACCGAACAGAGUGGCGCUACCAAGGUGCAAGAAGACACCGACGCUUUGAAGCAACACUUCGACCAAUUGCUGAUUGACAUGAACGAUGUGAGCCAGAAAUUGGCAAAUCGCCUAGCGCAAUUAGAAGAGGUUUACAAAUUGCAUAAGCUGCUCACCGAAUGGCUGGACGACAUCGAGCCCAGCGUCAAGACAAGCGAUGACUUCUUGAAUGAUUUAAGCGAAAAACGCGCCGCGCUGGAGAAAUUCCGCGCCAUACAACGCGACAUCAACGGCCAUAAUGACAUUGUCGAGAAGAUCAAUGCGCGCUUGAAUGAAGACAACAGUCUGGACCCGAACGAUUUCCGUGAAGGUCUCAACAAAUACGAAAACUUGCAGGAGACUGUUGGCAAGAUUAUCGAAUCACUCGAGAACCAGGUGAACAAUCACGACAAAUACAAGCAGGCAUUCAAUGAGACACAAGAUUGGCUACGCCGCACACGCAUCGAAAUUGAACAGUGUGCCGAUUGUCAUGGCGAGAAGGUGCAAGUUGAAGAUCGCCUCAAUAAGUUGGGUGAUAUUGGCGCUUCAAUGGUGGAAGGCAAAUCACUGCUCGAUGCCUGUAAAGAGCUGAGUCAAGCUGUUAUUGCGACCAGCGGUAGUGAGGGACAAGAUGCGGUGUCGCAGGAAAUUAAACAACUCGUCGCCGAAUGGGAAGCGCUGCAAGCGAUGUUGCGUGAUGCGCGCGCCAAUUUGGAGAAUUGCCUUUCACAGUGGAAUGCGUUCUUGCAGGAUUUCAAUAAAAUCAACAAAUGGAUUGAUGGUAUUAGCAAGCGCGUGGCUGCCGCCGCCGAAGCUGAGAAUAAUACAACCGACGACUUGGCAUAUGCCAAGAAUUUGUUGGAAGAAGUUUUGGCGGAAAAAGACAAUGUGGAGGACUUGAAUGACGCUUGUGAAUUGCUUAUGGAACAAAGCGCCUGCACGCGCGUUCGCGAUCAGACCGUCGAGACACAGGCCAACUACACCAAAUUGCUGACAUCAGCACAAGGUCUUGUUUCCAAGAUUGAAAAGAAUCUAUCUGAUCACACCGAAUUCUUGAACUACAAGAAGGAAAUGGACGCCUGGAUUGAGAAAGCCCAACAGAUAUUGGAUGGCUGCACUGCAGAUGGUGAUGUUAGCGAAAUAGCCCAACAAUUGGAGACUGUCAAUUCGCUUGCAUCUCGGCUUCCCGAAGGCCAACACCUCCUCGGCAUGGUACAAGAUGCCUACACGAAAGCUUCGAAUGUGACACCCGAAGGCAAGCAAGAGAUUUUGCGCGACCUAAUGACCAAAGUGCGUGAGGACUGGGAUGCUUUGGGUCUUGCUGUCAAGCAGAAGUUGACCGACCUUAAACAAGCACAAAAUCGCUGGUCAGACUUCGCCAACAAUCGCGAUAAGCUCGAGAAGUGGCUCACUGAUACAGAAAAGACACUCAAAACCGCACCCGAUACUAAGGGUGAAUUGAGCGAAAUGAAGACGCUGCUCGAACGCUACAAAACGCUGCAGAAUGAAAUUAAGCAGAAAGGUGGCGAAAUUGAAAAUUUGUUGGGCGAAGCUAAGCGUUUGGGCACUGAAGUGGACGCUGUGCAUCAAAAGCAGGCGCGCUGGGAGAAGGUGAAGAAUGAUUGCGCUGCCUACAUUAAGGGUCUCGAGAACGAAAUGGCCGCCUAUAAUGCCUAUCAUCAGAGCUUGCAGGAUAUUGAGAAAUGGCUGCUGCAAAUUUCCUUCCAAUUGAUGGCACACAAUUCGCUGUUCAUUUCGAAUCGUGAACAGACCGAGGAACAAAUCAAGCAACAUGAAGCUUUGUUGGAUGAAAUACAAAAAUAUCAAGCCAACUUGGAUGAUUUGAAUGCGAAGGGACAGGCGCAAAUUAAACGUUACGCCCCAACGACCCCAGCCAUACGCGAUACGGUCGAAGAACAGUUGAAGAAUAUUCAGGAAAGCUACAAUUCAUUGUUGCAAACUUCUGUUCAAAUCAAGAAUCGCUUGCACGAGUCGUUGGCCAAGUUCAAGGAGUAUGAGGAUACAUUGGACAGCAUAAUGCGCAACAUGGAGGCCUAUGAACCGGUUAUACAGAAUGAGCUUGAUGCGCCGGCAACCAGCUUGGAAAUUGCACAACAGCAAUUGAAGUGUGCACAGAUUUUAAAGAACAAUUGA